GAGGCCUAUAGUAGCGAUCCAUUUCACGACAACUAGAGGAGAUACAACUAGAAGUACAAGCUACUUACUUAGCGAUCCUAGCAUCAUCUUGUACAUCAAUCGACUUUCUUUUUACAAAAGAUGACGGCCGGUACUUCUUCCAAGGUUUCGGAGCAGUUGAGUUCGCGACUCAACGUCGCUGAACAACAGCAUUUGCUCGAUUACGCUGAGCAACUGUCUCCAAGGAGUCUGACCUCUCUCGAAGGUCAGUUGGAGGACAUGGAUUUUUCACGAUUGAACUCGUUGUUCCAAAUCGCAACGAAAAAGCAUUUCGGAAAGGCGCUAGCAGUGCGCGGUGGUGGGGAUGGUGCGGCAAAGGAUGCACCUGAGGUAACUACAACUACGACGGAGUCCAGUUCUGAUACAACAACCUUGGAGCCACCUUCUGCUGUCCAGACUCUAGACAGUCUGGAUGCGGACUCAAUAGCACUGUUCGAGACAAAAGGUGGUGAAUGCAUAGCGCGUGGUGAAGUCGCCGCAUUGUGCUUAGGCGGUGGAGCAGGCACGCGACUUGGAUUGGAUGGCCCAAAGGGUCUGUUCUCGCCUCCAGGACUUCCUAGUGGCAAGAGCUUGUUUCAGCUUUUCGCUGAGCGACUCCUAUGCUUGAAAAAACGCUUUCAAGCUAAGCGGUUGCCGUUCUUUUAUGGCUGGCUGAAGAACUUUGACGAGCAGACUUCUUUCUUGCUAACAAAUAAUUGAUUCAGAAUGUUUACGUCCAUCUUUCUGUACUAGAAGAUUAUACAGGGUGUUUACGUCCAUCUUUCUGUACUAGAAGGGGGGGUAUUGAUCAUUAAUCUGCUCUCCUCUAAUCCCAAAUUAUGACGAGCCCGCUGAAUCACGACACCACAGUCGAGUUCUUUCGCAAAAACGCUUUUUUCGGUCUAGACGAAGCGGACUGCCAUUUCUUCCCUCAGGGAACCUUGCCAGCAUAUGACUAUGAAGGCCGCAUUAUUCUCGAAACCAAAGCUUCUGUAGCUCUCAGUCCAGAUGGCAAUGGAGGCGUUUAUCCAGCUUUGGAAAAAUCAGGACUGCUGAAGAAGUGCGAGGAGAUGGGAGUAAAAUUUACGGCUUUCAACAAAUUAAUCCAUCUAAGUACUUAGCCAGCAUCUUGGGCCCGUUUCCUAUGGAAAAACGGGCACAAGGCUGCUCCGCAAGAUGGCUUGCCUAGCUUUAAAAAAUAUUUCCACGUCUUUGGGGUGGACAACAUCCUGGUGAGGCCAGCGGAUCCGCGGUUUUUGGGGUACUGUGUGGCCAAGGAUGCGGAGGUUGGAAAUAAAAGCGUGUGGAAGUGCGAUCCGGAGGAAAAGGUAGCUGGAUGAUUUCUUGUGGGAAUUCAAGUAGUUUUUUUCUAGAUCUAGUUCUAUACUGCAGUAGCUGGAUGAUUUCUUGCGUGAAUAAGUAGUUUUUUUCUACAUCUAGUUCUAGACCACUGCAGAAAGAAAUGAAUCUCACUUUACCCCUGUUGUAUGCAGAACUACUUACAUUCUUUUUUUUUCAUGUUGCAUCUUUGAACCAUUAUGAAAUUUCUUUUCUAGGUCGGUGUCGUCGCGAUGCGUGGUGGAAAGUACUGUGUGGUCGAGUACAGCGAGAUUGGGGAGAAGGAGAAAAACGCACGAACGAGUGAUGGCAAACUUUCCUUUGGUGCUGGCAAUAUUGUAAACCACGUUUUUCGACUAGAUUUUCUGAAGGAGACCGUUCUCCCCAACUUGGAGAAUUCUUACCACGUAGCAGAGAAGAAGAUUCCUUAUGCGGAUCCAGAGGCACCUAAUGCGUCGAUUAAACCAAGUAGCAACAACGGCAUCAAACUGGAGACCUUCAUCUUCGACGUUUUUCCGCUCACCGAACGCAUGGCCGUGUUCGAAUGUAAACGCGAAGAAGAGUUCGCACCGAUCAAAAACGCUAGUGGCACAGACUCCCCAGACUCGGCUUUGAAAAUGAUCAGCGAAUUACACGCGUCAUGGGUCAAGGCUGCUGGAGGCGUUGUAGAAGCCGACACUGUAGUCGAAGUAUCACCGUUGGUGAGUUAUGCUGGCGAGGGGUUGGAGGAUCUGGUGAAGGGCAAAACAUUUGCUGGCGGGAAAGUGGAGAUAAAAUAAGGAUAUGGUCUUCCUUGCUGGAGACCUCUCGCAGUUCUUCAGAUCCCUGUAUAAUAGAAUGCGUGUGGAAUCAAAUACACUCCUGUUCGUUGACUACGACUCAAUCGUGAUUCACGACACUUGAUAGGAUCAGGGGAAAUUUUUGUGAAAAAGGAUGUACCACUAUCACACCGGCGGUGGAGACUGCCGCAGUCGACGCACCAGAACUGUGAGAAAAGUCAGGCGAAGCGCUCCGUUUCAUUGUGAUG